AUGGGGACCCUCCACCUGGACGUGUGGGGCCCAGCCCGCGUUCGUGGUCAGGGCGGUGAGCGGUACUUUUUGCUGGUUGUCGACGACUACUCGCGUUACACCACGGUCUUCCCCUUGCGCACCAAGGGUGAGGUCCCUGCUGUUCUGAUCCCUUGGAUCCGCACAGUUCGUCUCCAGCUCCGCCGCCGUUUCCGGACGGAUCUUCCUGUCCUGCGUCUGCACUCUGACAGAGGUGGUGAGUUUUCCUCCGAUCUCUUGAGGACCUUCUGUCAGGCGGAGGGCAUCGAGCAGACCUUCACGCUUCCGGACUCCCCACAGCAGAAUGGGGUUGCUGAGCGCCGCAUUGGCCUGGUCAUGGAGGUCGCUCGUACCUCCUUGGUCCACGCGGCGGCUCCCCAUUUUCUGUGGCCGUUUGCUGUCCGGUACGCCGCGCAUCAGCUCAACCUCUGGCCCCGUGUCUCCUUGCCGGAGACCUCGCCCACACUGCGUUGGACGGGGGAGGUUGGCGAUGCGUCGCGCUUCCGGGUGUGGGGUGCUCGUGCCCUUGUCCGCGAUACGUCCGCGGACAAGCUCUCCUCCCGCACGCUUCCCUGUGUCUUCCUUGGCUUUGUCCCUGACGCGCCUGGCUGGCAGUUUUACCACCCCACCUCGCGCCGGGUCUUCGCCUCUCAGGAUGUCACCUUUGACGAGUCGGUCCCUUUUUACCGUCUCUUCCCCUACCGCACUGCCCCCCUCCCUCCCCCGCCGCUUUUCCUUGCUCCUGGUCCCCCUCCGGUAGACCCCCUUCCCCCUCAGGGUCCUGCUCCUUCAGGUGUCUCUCAGGUAGACCCUCCUCCCGUCGCUGAGCCUGUCGAGGUCACAGGUGACUCAGGUGCUGCUGCAGGUGGUACUGCUGGGAGUGCUGAGCCUGGGGGUGCUGAGCCUGCGGGUGCUGGGCCUGGGAGUGCUGGGACUGCGGGUGCUGGAGCUGAGGGUACUGUGCCUGAGAGUUUGCCGCCUGGGGGUGCUGAGCCUGGGGGUGCUGCGACUGGGGGUGCUGAGCCUGCGUGUGCGGAGUCUGGGGGUGCUGAGUCUGGGGGUGCUGAGCCUGCGGGUACUGAGCCUGGGGGUGCUGCUACUGAGCCUACGGAGCCUCGGGUUACUGCGUCUGGGGGUGCUCCGGUUCGGGGUGCUGAGCAGUCUCUCACACCGCAGCAGCUUCGUGACUGGUACGUCCGGCGCUUUCGCCGUCCUAGUGGCUCGGCUGGAGUUGGGGGUGCUGGGGCUGCUCGUCCUGGGGGUGCUCGUACUGGGGGUACUGGAGCUGCCGGGACUGGUUGUUCUGGGAGCACUGCGACUGGAGCUGCUGGAGCUGGGGACUCUGGCGCUGGCGGUGCUAGCGGAGUUGGAGCUGCCGACUCUGGGGGUGGCGCUGCUGCUGGUGCUGCGGACCCGCCUGGUGGAGCUGCUGCUGGAGCUGAGGACCCGAGCGGUGGCGCUGCUGCUGGUGCUGGGGACCCGGACGUUGGAGCUCCUGCUGGUCCUGAGGACCCGGCCGCUGGAGUCUCUUCUGCUUCUGGAGACGCUGCGCGGCCGCGACCGUACUUCGUACCGCUCCUUCAGCAGGUUCUUGGGCAGGCUCCUCCUCCUUGUCCUCCUCCCUCCGUAGAGUGUCCUCCGCCUGUCCAGCCGCAGUCACAGUUACCACCUGCCUCGCCUCUCCCUGCUCCCUCUCCUUACACUGGUCCCACAGGAGGUCUUACAGAGCGUCGUGAGCCUGAGUCUCGUCCUGCGUCGCCUGUUCGUCCUGCUCGCACUGGUAGUCGUGUCCGUCGUGAGCGUCCUCCUCCUGUCCCAGGCACUCACUACAUGACUCUGCGUCCCUCUACUGCUCCUCGGCGUGUCCCUCUACCGUCUCCUCCUGCGUCCUCUUUGCCUACCGUUCCGGACCCUGAGUCUGACCGGUAUCGCGCUGAGCACCCUACAGUCACGCGUCUCCUAGCUACUGUUGUCACUGACCCUACCUUUGAGUCCUCGGCUGCGUCUGCUCUGGUCGCUGAGUUGGUUGACUUUGCUGCUGCCUGUCGUCUAGACUACGCUGCUAGCCUUGUUGCUGAGCCUGAGUCUGCGUCUGUCUGUCCUCCGUCCGUCGGGGGUGAGUGUGCUCUUGGCACGGACGUCCUUGAGGACAGACAGGAGGACUUUGACUCUCUUGCGGCUGCUGUACCUCAUCUCGUGGCCUGGUUGCUUGCCCCUGAGGGAGACCCGGAUGCACUAGACAUCCCCACUCCGCGCACUUACGCAGAGGCGAUCUCGGGUCCCUACUCCUCUCAGUGGCAGACAGCCAUGGACGCAGAGAUGGCAUCCUGGAAGUCCACAGGCACCUACGUCGACGAGGUUCCCCCUCCUGGGGCGAACAUCGUCGAUGGCAUGUGGAUUUUCAGGGUGAAGCGGCCGCCAGGUUCUCCGCCUGUCUUCAAGGCUCGUUACGUUGCUAGAGGCUUCAGUCAGCGUCAGGGGGUCGACUUCUUCCAGACCUUCUCCCCCACCCCGAAGAUGACCACUCUUCGGGUUCUGCUGCACGUUGCUGCUCAGCGUGACUACGAGCUUCACUCUCUUGACUUCAGCACAGCGUUCCUGCAGGGCAGCCUGCACGAGGAGAUCUGGCUGCGCCGCCCACCUGGCUUCACUGGGUCGUUUCCCCCUGGUACCCAGUGGAGCCUCCGCCGGCCAGUCUACGGUCUCCGCCAGGCGCCACGUGAGUGGCACGACACACUGAGGACUACACUUGCGGCUCUUGGGUUCGCGCCGUCUACUGCUGACCCGUCGCUGUUUCUGCGCACAGACACGUCGCUGCCGCCGUUCUACAUCUUCGUGUACGUCGACGACUUGGUCUUUGCUACUGCUGACACUGAGGCACUCGCUCGUGUGAAGUCGGAGCUGCAGAAGAGACACACCUGCACUGACCUGGGUGAACUGCGUAGCUACCUUGGCUUGCAGAUCACCCGGGACAGAGCUCGCCGCACCAUCACCCUGACUCAGUCACACAUGGUGCAGCAGGUCCUUCAGCGCUUCGGCUUCCAGUUCUCCUCACCACAGGCCACACCUCUGGCUACCAGCCACUCGCUCUCAGCUCCACCUUCGGACGAGUCCGUAGAGCCGAGUGGCCCGUACCCAGAGCUUGUAGGCUGCCUCAUGUACCUGAUGACUUGCACGCGACCUGACCUCGCGUACCCUCUUAGCAUCCUUGCUCGUUACGUUGCGCCUGGGAGACACAGGCGAGAGCACUGGGAGGCUGCUAAGAGGGUGCUGCGUUACUUGUGCAGUACAUCAGGCAUGGGGCUGGUGCUUGGAGGACGCGACAGAGUUGUCCUCACUGGUCACUCGGACGCUUCUUGGGUGGACGACCUGGCUACGCAGCGGUCGUCACAGGGUUACACCUUCAGCCUUGGCUCUGGUUCUGUCUCGUGGCGGUCCACCCGCUCUUCCUCUGUUCUCGGCUCUAGUUGUGAGGCUGAGAUCUACGCCACAGCCAUGGCUGCACAGGAGUUACGCUGGCUCACCUACCUGCUGACUGACCUGGGAGAGCGGCCUAGUUCUCCUCCAGUUCUGUACGGUGACAACAAGGCGGCUCUUGCCUUGUGUCAGGAGCACAGACUGGAGCACAGGACGAAGCACAUUGCUCUUCGCUACUUUCUUGCUCGAGAGCUUCAGCAGCGCGGUCAGCUUCGGCUUGUGUACGUGGACUCGAAGGCCAACACUGCUGAUAUCUUCACCAAGGCGCUCCCGCCUAGUGAUCAUCAGCGGCACUGUACUUCUUUAGGCCUUGUGUCCACGUUUCCUCACUUGCUCACUGCUUGA